CUGCACGUCCAGGAAUCCUCCGGCAACCACCUGACGGCCGAGCAGAGCCAGCCCAGCGCCAGCGUGGACCUCGACUUCCUGGAGGAUGACAUCCUGGGCUCCCCGGCGGGCGGCGGGGCCAACCUGCCCAGCGCGGAGCAGCCCUGCGACAUCCUGCAGCAGAGCCUGCAGGAGGCCAACAUCACCGAGCAGACUCUGGAGGCCGAGGCCGAGCUGGACCUGGGCUCCUUCCAGCUGCCCACGCUGCAGCCCGUGGUGCAGGCGGCCUCCGACGGCGCCCCGCAGAUCUUCUCCGGCGGCGCCGACCUGAUCGGCCUGCAGCCGCCCGCCGUGCUCACCCACCAGGCCCUGGUGCAGCAGCCGGUGGGGGCGGACGUGGUGAACAAGGCCAUCAGCGUGCAGCCCUUCCUGCAGCAGGUGGGCCUGGGCAACGUCACCAUCCAGCCCAUCUCCAACCUGCAGGGCCUCCCCAACGGCAGCCCCGGCGGCGCGCUGGGCAUCGGCCCCAUCCAGGUGGUGGGGCAGCAGGUGAUGGCCAUCAACCAGCCGGCGCAGCAGAUCAUCGCCAAGCAGGUGCAGCCCUCGCCGGUGGCCACGGUGCCGGUGGGCGGCUACAUCGCGCAGACGGCGCCCGAGCAGCAGCAGGUCACCCUGGCCUCGGCCGGCGUCUCCCCGCAGGGCGCCGGCCUGGUCCUCCAGAAGAACCUGCCGGCCGUGGCCACCACCACGCUGAACGGCAGCCCGGUGUUCGGCGGCGUGUCGGGGGCGCAGGGCUCGCAGCCGCUCACCGUCACCUCCAACCUGAGCAGCCCGCUGGUGCAGGCGCAGAACGUCAUCAUCCACCGCACGCCCACCCCCAUCCAGCCCAAGCCCGCCGGCGUCCUGCAGCAGAAGCUCUACCAGAUCACCCCCAAGCCCUUCGGCUCCGGCAACGCCACGCUCACCAUCCAGAACGAGGCGGCCCUGCAGCAGCAGAAGGCGCAGCAGAACCUCACCUUCAUGGCCGGCAAGCCGGCGCAGAACGUGGUGCUGUCGGGCUUCCCGCAGGGCCUCCCGGCCAACGUCUUCAAGCAGCCGCCGCCGCAGCAGCAGGCGCUCAGCAAGCCCAUGAGCGUGCACCUGCUGAACCAGGGCAGCAGCAUCGUCAUCCCGGCGCAGCACGUGCCGCAGGCCGUGCUGCAGGGCCAGAACCAGUUCCUGCUGCCCGGGCAGCUGGCGGGCGCCCCGGCCGUGCAGAUCCCGCAGCCGCUCUCGGCGCUGCCGGCCAGCGUGGGCGGCCAGAUCCUGACGGCGUCGCACGGCGGCGGCCAGGCGCACAUCAUCACCAGCCAGGGCCCCGGCGGGCAGCUGAUCGCCAACCAGGCGCUGCCGGCGCAGAUCCUCACCAACCAGAACAUCGCCGGCCCGCUCAACCUGGGCCAGGUGCUGACCUCGCAGAACGCGCACGGCACGGCGCACAUCCUGUCGGCGCCCAUCCAGCUGCAGCCCGGCCAGGUCGGGCAGCCGGCGCUCUUCCAGAUGCCCGUCUCCCUGGCCGGCGGGCUCAGCACGCAGAGCCAGCCCUCGGCCGCCGCCUCGCUGCCCGGCGCCGCCGCCGCCGCCAUCGGCCAGCCGGGACAGACGGUGAUCCAGGGGGUGACGCUGCCCGGCCAG